GUUACUGAACCCCUGUGAAGGUAGCAAUGCCAGGACCUGCGCACCACCGUUUGAGUUCAAACACAUUCUCAACAUGACCAAGGAUCUAGAACUGUUCAAGCUGGGAGGUAUCGUGAUGCCUAACGACGGUCGGUGUCAUCUGGACGCACACGGCGAGUAUACUGAGGAGCUGGUGCAGGACUACCCAUCAGUGGGCCAGCUAGCAGACAUAGCUCUCAAGAACGAGGUCCACAUCAUCUUCGCCGUCACUGACGACCAAACGGACGCCUACAGACUCCUGUCCGAGCGAAUCCCGGAGUCCAUCGUAGAGCUGUUGGAACAGCCAGACGGGCCGAGCAACAGAAACAUACGGGACAUUGUGGAGAGGAAGUACAGGGACAUGGUGUCCGAGGUGAAAAUCGUGUCGGACAAAGUUGAAGGCGUUGAAAUCAAUGUGAGAGCGAAGAGCUCAAUAUGUGAGAAACAAGGUACUAAUGUCUGCAAAGGUUUGCAAAUUGGAACUGAGGCCCGGCUCCAACUCGACGGAGGCGUGUUCUGGCAACGGCGUGUGUGAGUGCAAACAGUGUAUCUGUGAGCAGGGCUUCAGUGGGCCCUACUGUGAGUGUGACGACACGGACUGUGACGUGUUCCGGAGGGAGAUCUGUGGCGGCCCGUCCAGAGGCAGGUGUCAGUGCGGAGGGUGUAUCUGUGAGAGCGACUACGAAGGCGUGGUGUGUGAGUGCCCCACGUCCAACCAGACCUGCAUCGACGACAAAGGGCUGUGUGGGGACGAUGUCUGUGACAUCAUGAAGUACCGGGAGUGCGCGGCCUGUGAGCUGGAGGGCGACGGAGCAGACCGGAAGUGCGCGGACGACUGCCCCCAGAGGAAAGUCGUGAAAACCCUCAACUCGGAGGAGGUCAACUUUUGCUCGGUCAAGCAGAGUGACGGCUGCUUCCUGUCCUACCAGAUCACGCUCUCCGGGUCAGAGGUCGUCAUACUGGUGCAGAAGACAAGAACUUGCAGUGAGCCCGUUGACAUAGUGCCUAUCGUGGGCUGGGUGGUUGGCGGGGUACUUCUGGUCGGUAUCCUGUCUCUGAUAUUCUGGAAAGUUCUGACCUCAAUGUUUGACCAUCUGGAGUACUCCAGGUUCCAGGAAGACCUACAGAAGUGUAGGUGGGCCCAG